ACAAAUGUUUAUAACAAAAUUUUCCACUAAGUUAAAUAAUACUAAUUUCUUCUUUAAUCAGAAUUAGAAAGUUCGAUCUGACAAACAUUGUUUGUAUAUAUAUAAUCUGUGUCAGUGCCUUAUCUUCCAUCUUCACCGCCUUGCCGAUUCAAUUCAACGUCAUCACCAUAUCUACAUCUUUAUCUUCUCACGUUUCCCAAUGAUUUUUUAUUAUUAUUAUUUAUUCAUUUUCUUCCAUGAACUUUUCAAACUAUUCACAUAAAAAGCCUCUCUUUUUCUAGUUUCCUGGGGAAGAAAAUAGAAAGAAAGAAACUUUGAUAUUCAAACUGGGUUAUCUGUACAUAAUCACUUGUUUGAAUUCUUAUUAUAACAAAAACCUUUUGAGAAUUUUAGCUGAAACCCAAAUGGGAUUUGGAGCAUAAUUUGUUCCUCACCUAUAAAAAUUAAAUCUUGAAUUGAAAGUUUUGAGUUUGGGUAUUUAGGGUUGUGGGGAAUUUGAGAAAAAGAAAGUUUGAUUUUAAAUCCCAUUUGGCUGGAGAUCUGUUGGGGUGUUAGUUUUCUCUUUUGAAGCUUCGAAACCAAUUUUCAGAGUUUGAAUAAGGUUGGAGAAUUCUCUUACUUUGUGUAUCUUAUUAUAUAUUGCAAAUUAAGUUUCUUCAACCUUAAAUUUCUGGGAAUUUUCCCCUGAUUCUUUCAUUAUAUCCAAACAAUUGAAUUUCUUGUUUAUGAUAAUUGAUUUACCUGUUCAAUUUCAUUCUGUUUGAUCUCUGUAAAUUGAGUUUGUAUAACAAAAGGGUUAGUUUAGAAAUGGAUAUAAGUAAUGAGGCUAAUGUUGAUGCUUUUCCUAUUGGACCUUCAACAUUAGUUGGUAGAACAAUUGCUUUUAGAGUUUUGUUUUGCAAAUCAAUGUCCCAUUUGAGACAUCAAGUAUUCCAUGUUUUUCUCCAACUGUUAUAUAGAUUUAAGGAUUUUUUAGGUCCCAUGUUAUCAUGGUUACAUCCUAGGAAUCCACAAGGGAUAUUGGCAAUGGUGACAAUCAUUGCUUUUGUAUUGAAACGUUAUACAAAUGUUAAAGGGAGGGCUGAAAUGGCUUAUAGGAGGAAAUUUUGGAGAAAUAUGAUGAGAACUGCUUUGAGUUAUGAGGAAUGGGCUCAUGCUGCUAAAAUGCUUGAUAAAGAGACCCCAAAAAUGAAUGAGUCUGAUUUGUAUGAUGAGGAAUUGGUUAGGAACAAGCUUGAUGAGCUUCGCCAUCGUCGCCAAGAGGGGUCUCGAAGAGACAUUAUCUUUUGUAUGAGAGCUGAUCUUGUUAGAAAUCUUGGGAAUAUGUGUAAUCCUGAAUUGCAUAAGGGUAGGCUGCAAAUUCCUAAACUUAUUAAGGAUUACAUUGAUGAGGUUUCGACGCAAUUGAGAAUGGUUUGUGAUACUGAUUCGGAAGAACUUAUGUUGGAAGAGAAGCUUGCUUUUAUGCACGAAACUAGACAUGCUUUCGGAAGAACAGCAUUGCUUCUGAGUGGUGGCGCUUCGCUUGGAGCUUUUCAUGUUGGUGUGGUGAAAACACUUGUGGAACAUAAGCUAUUGCCUAGGAUCAUUGCUGGUUCUAGUGUUGGAUCCAUAAUGUGUUCUGUUGUUGCCACUAGGUCUUGGCCCGAGCUGCAAAGCUUUUUCGAGGAUUCUUGGCAUUCGUUGCAGUUUUUCGAUCAAAUGGGUGGUAUAUUCACAGUUGUUAAGAGGGUAAUGACACAGGGUGCUGUCCAUGAAAUCAGACAGUUGCAAAUGAUGUUAAGGCAUCUUACUAGUAAUCUUACGUUUCAAGAGGCUUAUGACAUGACAGGUCGGGUUCUCGGGAUAACAGUUUGCUCCCCGAGGAAGCAUGAACCUCCUAGAUGCCUUAACUACUUGACAUCACCCCAUGUUGUCAUAUGGAGUGCAGUGACAGCCUCUUGUGCUUUUCCCGGGCUUUUUGAGGCACAGGAGCUGAUGGCGAAGGAUAGAAGUGGCGAAAUUGUUCCUUACCAUCCUCCAUUUAACUUGGGGCCGGAAGCAGGGUCUACCCCAGUGCGUCGGUGGAGGGACGGGAGCUUGGAGAUUGAUUUACCUAUGAUGCAAUUGAAGGAACUGUUCAAUGUUAAUCACUUCAUUGUGAGUCAGGCCAAUCCUCACAUUGCACCAUUGUUGAGACUAAAGGAGUUUUGGAGAGAACUUGGAGGCAACUUUGCUGCUAAGCUUGCUCAUCUUGCUGAGAUGGAAGUAAAACAUAGAUGCAGCCAGAUUUUAGAACUCGGUUUUCCAUUAGGUGGACUUGCUCGGUUAUUCGCUCAAGAUUGGGAGGGUGAUGUCACUGUUGUCAUGCCCGCCACACUUGCUCAGUACUCGAAGAUCUUACAAAACCCGUCUCAUGGGGAGCUUCAAAAAGCUGCCAACCAAGGAAGAAGGUGUACUUGGGAGAAGCUUUCUGCAAUAAAAGCAAACUGUGGCAUUGAGCUUGUUCUCGACGAGUGUGUUGCGAUUCUCAAUCACAUGCGGAGACUCAAAAGGAGUGUGGACCGUGCUGCUGCUGCUUCUUCUCACGGCCUAAGCACCACCGUCAAAUUCAGUGGUUCUAGAAGGAUUCCCUCGUGGAAUUGCAUUGCUCGUGAGAAUUCAACUGGUUCUCUCGACGAUGAUUUUCUGGCUGAUGCUGCUUCCUCGUUGCAUCAUGGAACAAGCGCUUUCACUGCUGGUGGAACAUCUGGUAAAACUUUCCGAACCCAUCGUGGUCCACACGAUGGAAGUGAUAGUGAAUCUGAGAGUGUUGAUCAACCUUCUUGGACAAGAACCGGUGGCCCCUUGAUGAGAACAGCCUCAGCAAAUAUGUUCAUAGAUUUUGUUCAUAAUUUGGACAUUGAUAGUGAAUUGAACCGAGGAUCGCUUGUUACUAACACUGAAUUUUUUCUCAGCCCGAGAGGGACAACAUCAGAUGGCACAGACUUUGAUCAAAGGGAUCUUAGAAACCGAGUUACCAUAAACGGAUCAAGCAUUGUUGUCUCGGAAGGUGAUCUUUUGCAGCCUGAAAGAACCGAAAAUGGGAUUGUGUUCAACAUUGUAAAGAAAGACAAUUUAUCGUUGUCGAAUAGGAGUCAAGACUCAGAAUAUUGUGAUAGCGAAGCUGUUGAAUGUGUACAAUUGGAUUGUCCCGAAAAGGAGAGCUCAGCAUCUGAGUGUGGCGAUGGUGAUGUCGGUGAUGUUGCUGCCCCCGAAAGCUGCACAAACGAAACCGAAAUCGAAACCAAACCCGAUUUUAAUUCUUUGGAUACAUCUUGUAGAGAUGAUUUGAAGGAUCAAGAGCCUUGUGCAUAGAAGUUUGGACUCACAAUGGUUCAUACAGUUUAGUGAAAAGGCAAAGAAACUGUUUUUGGUUUAUAGUUACAUAUUAUUAAAGAUGGGAAGGUUUACACUUGUAAAUACUAUAUGAUAUUCAAUUAUAGGGGCUAAUGUUGUAACCAUGGUUCAUAUAUAAGCUCAAUGAAAUUGAAAAUAUUCCAUCUUUAUCUCUA